CUUCGACAGCAAGAAUGCAGCUGACAAUGCCAACGGGGUUGCGCGGCAGUUUUACAAAAAGGAUGCCAACACCUACAUGGCAUUCGCUAUAGUUGCCUCCAUCUUUACGGUGCUGCUGCUCAUCGUCCUCUUCGUCAUGCGCAAACGCAUCAAGCUGGUCACAGCGCUGUUCAAGGAGGCCGGGAGGGCCGUGCAGGCCAUGCCACUUCUGCUGGUCCAGCCGAUGUUUACGUUCCUGGUGCUGGCGGUCACCGUGUGCGUGUGCAUGGCUGUGGCGCUGGCCAUCGAGUCGGUCGGCACGCCGGUCCCGGGCCGCUCCUCAGGAUUCGUCCAGUACCGGAAGGGCGGCGCCCCACUCUACUUCCGCUGGUACAACCUGUUCGCGUUCUUCUGGCUCACCCAGUUCAUCGUCGCCUGCCAGGACAUGGUGGUGGGUGGGGCCAUCAGUAAAUGGUUCUUCACCAGGGACAAGUCACGGCUGGGCAGUCCGAUCCUGCUGGCCAUCAAGAACCUGCUGUUCUACCACUUGGGCUCGGUGGCGCUCGGCUCCUUCAUCAUCGCCGUGGUCAAGUUAAUCCGCUUCCUGCUGAAGAAGUUGGAGUCGCGGAUGGGCAAGAACCCGUUGGUAAAGGUGGUCUGCUGCUGCGCCCAGUGCUGCAUCUGGUGCCUGGAGAAGUUCCUUAAGGCCCUGAACAGGAACGCUUACGUGGAGAUCACCAUCCACGGCUACAACUUCUGCAAGGCGGCGCAGGAGGCGUUCAUGAGCCUGACCCGCAACGCGCUCCGUGUGGCGGCCAUCAACAGCAUCGGCGCGUUCGUGCUGUUCCUAGGCAAGGCGUCCGUCACCAUCUCCACCGUCUUCAUCGGCAUCGAGAUCAUGAAGGGUCGACCAGAUGUCAAGCACAGCUACCUGAUUGUGGGACUCGGCGGCCUCUUCGCGUACAUCACAUCGUACAUCUUCAUAUCGAUAUACGAUAUGGCCAUCGAUGCUCUUUUUAUAUGCUUCUGCGAAGACUGUGAGAUGAACGACGGCAUUGAGAAGCCGUACUACAUGAGCAAGGGCCUGAUGGAGCUCGUGCAAAACAGCAAGAAGGCACUGGCGGCCUUGAAGAGCCGAGACGGCGGAAACACCGACAAGCCGGUCUUCACCAGAAGCCCCAACGCUCCGAACACCAUGCCGAAUGUCGGCUGACGAAGCCACCAGCGACGCCAAUGCGAUUCAGCGGCAGCUGGCAGCGAGCGGAAUAAGUGCCUUUGAAGAACAUGUGAUACCGCCAUGUGAUAACGCCAUGUGAUACCGCCAUGUGAUAACGCCACGCGUCACGUGCGGAAGCGGUGAUGGCUGUCACUGCGGUCGAUGCUCAUCUCACUUAUAGGUCGACUGUCGUUCAGUUUAGUGUGGCGUGUUGUGUUUGGUGUAGUGUGGCGCAGAAUUAUUUUCUACACGUGACAAGUCAUCAGCUCCGCAAACCACCCUAAAGGCAAUGGAGUUCACUACUGAGGCCAUCUUUAAGAUCUAGAGAAUAACGUUCAUACUUCUUUCGCCGUGCAACUGAUGCAUGACUGGUGCGUUCCCAACCAGCUCCAAUGUGUUAGCACCAACCUUCCACAUUUGUUCUGCACGCCUCCCAUAGCCGCCGCUUUGACGACUGCCACUCGAGUCUGACGCCGCCAGCAUCGUGCCGCUCAGCUGUAGACAAAAAUAGUUGGUCUCAUUAGUCCUGGCACGAAUGCACCCCUGCCCUGGCGCUUUGCCUUUUGACAUUUGGAGCGCCAGAGCAGUAUGACAUUCCCGUCGGUCGUAGGAAGAAUCGUUCUUAAAUUUGAAAGGCAAAACUAAUGUAACGGCUGCUUGAGACAUUUCAGAAAAGGCUUUGCUCGCACGUUUCGAAGUAAGCAUAUUGUCGUGCACUGAUGCAGGAACGUAGCCAAUGUUUUCAUCGGAGGUCAGAGGUAAAA